AUGUCGACCGCGGAGGAGCUUCUGCGCGAUUUCGAAGAAGAUUCAGACUUCCAGGAUGACGGCCUUGAACAAGAUCAAGACCAAGAUGAAAGCAUGGAUCAAGAUGAAGAGCUAAACGCAUCCAAAGAAGGCGCCGACCCCACCAACGAGUUUGACCGUUCGAUCACUACAGGUGACGAGCUCACCCGACUACACAAAGUUCUACGCGACCACUACUCUAUCCGAUUCCCGGAACUAGAAACCCUCGUCACGAGUCCUAUCAAGUAUGCGAAAACCGUCGGUAUCCUCAAAAAUGGACCUCUGGACGAUAUCAAAGCGCUGUCAAACUCCAUAGAUGAUAUGGUGGGCGAGUCGCUCAAGUCCGUAUUGGACGGCCCAUCUCUGAUGGUUGUGGCAGUCGAAGGAACAACUACCCGUGGCCGUGAGAUGACCGAUUCCGAGCUGAAGGUGGUUCUGGAUACAUGUGAAAAGAUCAUCAGAUUGGAUCGUGAGCGUACAGCUCUUACAGAGAGUAUCCGAUCCCGCGUGAAUCAAAUUGCGCCUAAUCUCGCAACCCUCAUCGGAGCCCAAACCGCUGCGCAGUUCCUUAACCAGACUGGUGGAUUACUCGAACUGGCUAAGAUCCCCGCCUGUAACCUCGGUGCACAGGGAUCCAGACGACAGGAUGGAUUGGGUUUUGCUACGAAUCAUGGAGUCCGGUCUCAGGGAUUCCUCUACGACUCACCACUCAUUCAAGAGGUGCCCAAUGAUCUGAAAAAACAAGCUAUUCGAAUUGUCUCUGCAAAAAUGGUUCUGGCUACUCGUGCCGAUGUAUCAAACUACAGCAAGGACGGUUCUCUCGGCGAAGACUUGAAAGAACAGUGCUUCAAGCGUCUGGAAAAAUUGACCGAACCUGCCCCCAACUCUGGAGUGAAGGCUCUCCCAGCACCUGACGACAAGCCUUCCCGAAAGCGUGGUGGUCGGCGUGCCCGAAAGGCGAAGGAAGCUAUCGCCAUGACCGAACUGCGCAAGGCUCAGAACCGGGUUGCAUUCGGUAAGGAAGAAUCAGAGGUUGGAUACGGCACUGGUGAAGGAACUGUUGGUCUGGGUAUGCUGGGUCAACAGAACGAUGGCCGGAUUCGUGCUACACAAAUCGACCAGCGCACACGUGCGAAGCUCAGCAAGAACAAUAAGGGCUGGGGAGGAGCCACACCAUCCAGCGGCACAGCUUCCUCACUACGUGGUUUUGGUCAGGGUGGUAUGAGCGGUACAGCCAGCGUUCUCCAAUCCAAGGGUCUCCGCAGCUCUGGAGUUGGAACUUCUCUGGGCGGUGGCUCGGCUGGAACGGCCAGUACUAUUGCUUUCACACCGGUGCAGGGUCUAGAGCUUGUUGAUCCUAAGGUGCAAGCGGAACUGAAUCGCAAGCGCAAGGCCGAGGAGGACCGAUGGUUCAACUCUGGAACAUUCACCCAGGUUGGCGGUGGACAAAGCAGCGUGCAAGUCAAGGAUAAAGAAGGGUUUAAGGUCCCUACAUUGCCACCUAAGAAGAAGGUGGAUACCGGGAAUGGCAAGAUGGGACCUCCCGCUAGGCCAUAG